AGCCUUAUGUUCACAAUGACGGUGAAAGACUAAUGGGUACUAGAUACCCGAGAUGGUGACCACGCGUCGAGGCACUGCAAACGGUGCCGCCACUAAUCGGACCUCAAAGUCAAAAAUCGCCAACACCGCCAACGACGCAAUUCAUGUUAUCGGACCCAGUAGAAGCAGGACGCAAAACACUGCAGCUACCCCGAAGCUUUCCAUUACCGCUCUCGACCCUGUACGCCUAGAUUCUAUGAGUGAGUAUGAUCUCAGUCUAACCUCCCCGUUCACUACCGACACGCCAGACAAGGCCAUCAUGAGCAUGCCAAAGAAUAAUUGCGACCCUUUGAGCCGUCAAGACAGCAGUUCCUCCCCGACCCUGCGAAGAUUGAUGCCAAAACCCGCAAAAGUCACCGGCGGCGAGCUCAAUCCCAUCAUCAUCAACGACUCUUCUCCCCUUUCAAAGCGAGCCCGAGCCGCAAGAAGAAAACAGCAGCGGCAGUCGGAACCGCACAAGUUCUUAGACCGAGGCUACAGGAAGCUAUAUAGCUACCGACCCUCGAGGCCAGCGCUGGCGCCCAAACCCGCGAACGGAAGCACUUUUACCGGACACAAAAGCCAUGAUAUAUACCGCAUGAUGAACGCAAAGAUGAUAGCAGCACCGGGUGGGAGUGUGAAUGAGAUGCCCGGCUAUAGAAGUCUUGGAUAUUAUGAUGUGCCCUUCGAGGUGCAAUAUCCCAUGUCGGCUCAGUUCCUGACCCAGCAUACGGGCGCGUUGAAUCAACGGCAGGAUCCGUCUGUUCAGUACUACAACCACCACACCCCAAAGCUGAAUGCAUAUCCCCUGGUUCCUAAUCAGGAUGAAGAGAUGCUGCGAAAGAAAGCAGUUCAGUAUGUUCGAGAGUACUCGAGACCUUCGGCACGCAAGAGGAGGCUUUCGGAUGCUGAUCCCGACGAGACCAGCACAUCCGAGUCUGAACACCCCGCUGAGGUUGUUCGUCCAUCUGUUCUAAGCUCUACAGCUCGUCCAGGCCCCGCAUCGCUGUCAUGGCCUCUCACUUCUGAGGAGGGACUGAACAACAGGAAGCUUGCCAUCCACCACGACAAUGAUCCCAAUUCCGACAUCACCCAAAUUACCGAACAUACCUCCCUCCUCACAUCUCUCCUACAAUUAUACCCGCACUCAACCAACCAGAAAGGCAUACGAGAGGACAUUGCAAUGCUUGUCUCGGUGCAGAACCAGCGAGUCAAAGAGUGGAUGAAGAUCGAAUCCCAGAACGCUCGCAAGCGCAGAAAGAGCAAUACGGAUAGCACGAUCAGUGUUAGUCACCGCAAAGACGGGAGUGUGCAGUCCGCGAUGGCGACAGGCAUAAGAGCCCAGCAGCAGCUUGAGCAAGAGAAGAGGAAGGGACAGGACGACGAGAUGAGACGGGUCUUUUCCGCUACGGCGAACAUGUGGCAAGACGGUUCGGGCCAGGGUGUUGCAGAUGUGUUUGCGAACGCGCGCAGUUCGUCGCCUACACCGAGGUUCGACGGCAAGUUGGCGAGCUCCAGUGGCAUGCGUUCGAGUCUGGACGGGAAGAUAUCAAGCCCUCGUAGCAGGACUCCUCGUCUGGCGACAACUGUUAUGCAAGUGGAGUAA